AUGAUUAUUUUUUCCUUAAACUUGAGAGGAGGUGGAAGUAGGGCUAAGAGGAAGAGAGUCGGCUAUCACAUUCAAAAAGGAGAAGUAGAUGUUUGUUUUAUUCAAGAGACAAAGUUAAGUGGAAUAGAGUCUAGUGUAGUUAAAGAAAUGUGGGGAGGUAAUCUUGUGGAGUGGUCGCAUUCGGAUGCUAUUGGGGCGUCGGGAGGAAUUCUAACAAUGUUGAAAAAGCAUUUCUUCACCUUAAACUUUAGCUUUAGAGGCGAAGGAUUCUUAGGCCUUUGUGUGGAAAAGGAAGGAGAUUUUAACUCUAUCACUUCUUUGGAUGAAAGAAUUGGUAAGUCUACCCAUAGAUAUAGGAGGGAGAUAAUGUUUUUUAAAGAGUUCAUAGAGGAUAUGGAGUUGGUGGAUCUUCCUACAAUAGGAGGCAAGUUUACUUUGAUUAAAAGUAAUGGCAAGGCUAUGAGUAGGAUUGAUAGAUUUCUUUUAUCGGAUUGUUUUUUUGAAUAUUGGAAGGUGGAGGGUCAAUAUAUUGGCGAGAGGGAGGUCUCCGACCAUGCUCCUAUUUGGUUGAAGGACAAUAGAAAGGAUUGGGGUCCUAAACCUUUUAAAUUCAAUAAUAUGUGGUUCAAACAUGAGGAUUUCGAUGUCUUUGUGGAGGAGGAAUGA